CACCGGACCGCCGCCUCGCAACACGUCACCCGCACGCUCAUCUCCGAGAUCCCCGGAUUUGUCAAAACAAAGGGGAUUUGGUGAUGGAGGCUUUGUUGGAAGGAAUGCAAAAUCGGGGGCAUGGUGGGGGAUUUUUGACAUCCUGUGAAGCAGAACUGCAGGAGCUCAUGAAACAGAUUGACAUCAUGGUGGCUCAUAAAAAAUCUGAAUGGGAAGAUCAGACACAUGCUCUAGAGGCUUGCUUGGACAGCCGAGACCGGGAACUUAAGACUCUUAGGACUCACUUGGAUAUGAAACACAAAGAGAUCGAAAUGUUGCAGCAGCAGAGAGAAGAACAUGAAAAAACCAAGGAAAAGAUGACCAUGGAGUAUAAGCAGGAGUUAAUGAAACUACAUGAAGAAUUAGGAAGACUGAAGAGAAGCUAUGAAAAGCUGCAGAAAAAGCAAAUAAGGGAAUUCAGAGAAAACACCAAAAAUCCCGGGGAAGAUCGAUUUGAAAUUGAGAGGUUAACUGGAAAAAUAGAGGAAUUUCGUCAGAAAUCUCUGGACUGGGAGAAACAACGCUUGAUUUACCAGCAACAGGUAUCUUCUCUGGAGGCACAAAGGAAGGCUCUGGCUGAACAGUCAGAGAUAAUUCAGGCUCAGCUUGCCAAUCGGAAACAGAAAUUAGAGUCUGUGGAACUUUCUACUCAAUCAGAAAUUCAGCACCUGAGCAGUAAGUUGGAACGGGCCAAUGACACUAUCUGUGCCAAUGAGUUAGAAAUAGAGCGCCUUACCAUAAGGAUCAAUGACUUGGUUGGAAGCAAUAUGACUAUUCUGCAGGAGCAACGGCAAAAAGAAGAAAAGUUGAGGGACUCUGAAAAACUAUUAGAGGCUCUGAAGGCAGAAAAUAGAGAAUUGAAGUCGACUCUUCAGUCUCAAGAAAACUUCAUCCGUGAGGCAAGAAUGGUAAAGGAGAAGCUGCAGGACAAAUGGAAGGCACCUGACACUCAACCCAUGGUAGAAGUCAUAAGGCCACUUCAGGAGGAGUCUCAGACAGAAGAGAGGUACAUCUCUCAGGGGCAGGAGGACUUAAACAAUGAGCGCUCUCCAUUGAAUUUUACCAAUUCUAGUGAAGAACUUCUGCAGGCAGAGGUGACUCGUCUUGAAGGCAGUUUGGAAUCUGUAAGUGCAACAUGUAAACAGCUGAGUCAUGAGCUAAUGGAAAAAUAUGAAGAAUUGAAGAAGAUGGAAGGACAUAACAAUGAGUACAGAGCAGAGAUCAAGAAGUUGAAAGAACAGAUUUUACAGACUGAGCAAAGUUACAGUUCUGCACUAGAAGGAAUGAAGAUGGAAAUUGCCCAGCUAACUCGGGAGUUACAUCAGCGAGAUAUUACUAUUGCUUCUGCCAAGGGUUCUUCCUCAGACAUGGAAAAUCGACUCAAAGCAGAGAUGAAAAAGGCAGAAGAAACAGCAGUUGAGCAUAAGGUGGCAAAAGAGAUUUCACUAGCAGACCUCCAGGAGAAUUAUAUUGAGUCAUUAAAUAAACUAGUGUCUGAAAAUCAACAACUACAGAAAGAUUUGAUGUAUACUAAAUCUCAGCUGGAGAUAUCUACUCAGAUGUGCAAAAAGCAAAGUAACAGGAUCUAUAAACCAACACACAGCAGAACAACUGCGUUCAAGAAUACAGAGUUCAAGCCAACCCAUGGCCAGCACAGACAUGAUGGAAUAAAGACUGAGCACUACAAAACUGGUCUUCAUUCUCCCACAGAGCAAGCAUCGGAUAGUAUGUCCAGGGCCCUAAGUCCCCAAAGUCCUCCAGUCAGCCCUGGCAGCUCCACCAUCUCUUUGCCUUCCUACUUCCUGGGUAAAACUCACUCUUUGCCUUCAGUGAUAGAUGCAAAUGAAGCCAAUUUGUCUGACACUGUAUCUGGAAGUGUGAAUGACCAGGAAGAGUUUAUGUCUUCGUGUUCCUUGCCUGUGUCUCCCCUUAGUUCAAUAGCUACCAGAUUUUUGGAAGAGGAGGAGCUGAGGUCUCACCAUAUUCUGGAGCGCCUGGAUGCUCAUAUUGAAGAACUAAAAAGAGAGAGUGAAAGGACAGUGAGACAAUUCACAGCUCUAAAGUAGCCCUUAAAAAAAUCAUAAACUUGGAAAUACAAAUAAACACCAAAGAGUCACUGUCCUCUGAAGUAGCAGCUCUCUAACAACACACACAUAGAACAUUACAAAGAGGAUGCAUAUCGAGCAGUGGCGAAGAAAUCUGGAAAACUGAUACAUUUUCACUGCACUGGUUUGUUUGAAGGACUUCUUCCAGCAAUAAUCUGUGAGAAUAAACCAUUUUGAUAGAC